CAUCAGUUUUGUUAAAUGUCAGGUAAAAUUUUUGUUAUGUUACAGGUUAUGGAAACAAAGAACAUGUUGUAUCUGGUAUCUGAGUAUGCUCCAAAUGGAGAAAUAUUUGAUUACAUAGCGCAACAUGGUCGCAUGACAGAGCCUGAAGCUCGGAAAAAAUUCUGGCAGAUCAUAAACGCAGUUGAUUAUUGCCAUAAAAACAGGGUCGUCCAUCGUGAUCUCAAGGCAGAGAAUCUUCUCCUGGAUGCCAACAUGAACAUCAAAAUAGCAGAUUUUGGUUUUGGUAACUUUUUCAAUGGAAAAGAGCCCCUAGCGACAUGGUGUGGCAGUCCUCCCUAUGCAGCUCCGGAGGUUUUUGAAGGAAAGAAAUACGUCGGACCCCAAAUUGAUAUAUGGAGCCUUGGCGUGGUGCUGUAUGUGUUGGUAUGUGGUGCUUUACCAUUUGAUGGUCAAAAUCUACAAAUUUUACGAUUCCGUGUUCUCUCUGGAAGGUUUCGGAUUCCAUUCUUUAUGUCUUCUGAAUGUGAAAACUUGAUACGGCGGAUGCUGGUACUUGAACCAGGUAAACGUUACUCAAUGGAACAGAUUAAAAAUCACCAGUGGAUGCAGAUGGAUGGAGGAGCCCCUAAGGCAUCUCCACCAAGCCCCAUGAUGGGGUAUGGGCCCAAGGUUGGAGAAUACAAUGAACAGAUUCUGCGACUUAUGCAAAGUCUUGGUAUCAGCCAACAGAAAACUGUUGAGGCAUUAAAGAGUGAUGCAUAUGACCACUAUACAGCCAUAUACUACCUGCUUCUAGAGAGAUUAAAAGCUCAUCGUAGCAGUUUCCCGGUGGACCAGCAAAUAGACUGUCAUCGGCGGAGGCCCAGUACCAUAGCCGAACAGGCUAUUUCACGAGUGGGACCUAAUUAUCAUCAACCACAGUUAGUUGGUUUGAAACAGUUCGGGCAGUCGACGGACAGUGCAAUGAGUCAAAGACGCGAUAGUUUUAUGAGUGAGAUAGAAAACGUUCAGAUUCCUGGGGUUUCUGUAUGCCUUCAGGAUGUGUUGUCUCAACCCACUAGUGGUAAUACGUCACAAGCAAUGACUGGUAGUGUAAUUACAACAUCGAUCGACGAAGGAGUGGAAGCAGAUAUUAUGGAUAGUCGCGAUAAUGACGAUAUUAUUACACAUAAGGGUCAGACUUUUGUGAGAGAUGGAUUUGGGCUAGGUUUGAUUCCUAGCUCUGCAUUUGGUGAUUUUUCACAGUUAAGCAACACAAGUUUAGCAUCGCUUGGCACAAAUUCGACUGGUUCCCCGUUCACAAGUUUUGACUCUUCAUUAGAAGCAGACCUUGUAUCUAGUCUUAGUGGUUUUAACAAUGUAACAUAUCCAGUGUCAUGUGGGAAUACACCAGUAACUGUAGACCCUGCGAUGGGUAAUAUGGUUCAGGCAGGUGGGUGUACUUCUGCCAUGAUUCAGGGACAAAAUACUGAAGACAUUACUCAUGACAGAAGUCAGAAUACAUCACCUGUCGAUUUCCGAGAAGGUCGGCGAGCAUCAGACGGUCUUGUUGCACAAGGUAUAAUUGCCUUCAGGCAGAGAUUAAAAGAAAGCAUGAAAUGCCAAGGAAUGGUUGAAUUACGACCAGAACAUCAACAGUUGCACAAUGUGUAUGGGAUAAAAAUGGCGCCAAGUAGUUUGGUUCAGGAUCAUACGGAGGACGUGAACUCGCCGGGGCAGCAGUACGUAGGACAAACUGACAACCAGCAGCAGAAAAAAGCGCCCAGACCACUCAUGAAGAGAAUGAGCUUGCCGUCAGAGACGGUGGAUCUUCAGCCGCAUAAAUUGCUAGCAAUAAAACAGAGCUUGCAAGUUGAACAGCAGAUGGAUCGAGUGGUGAGUCAGGAUAGUGUCCAGCAACCAAUGUUCGGUGAGAGUUCCAAACCGUUACAACAACAGUUACUGCAGCAUCGAUUACAGCAGAAGCGCCAGUCGUUCCAUCAAAAGAAUGUGGGGAAUCCCCAACUACACCAUCAAAUGCAGCAGCUGCAACUAGACAACCAGUUGCCAUUGGCGAUGUUCCCGACCCAAUCUAGUCAACAGUCUUCUUGUGAUAGCAUGACUGAAAUGUUUGUACCACCGCAUUGUAGUGUUUCACAUAAUAAUGCUCUAGUCCAUACACAAACUGGCGAUCCUAGUCUCAUAGCUCGACCUCAUAUCAUACGUAAAACAUCAUACAAACUCGCACAACAGCAGCCGGUUCUGCCUGAAUGCCAUAAUACUAGUGAACUGUUGCCAUGGCAACGUGCGAUAUUGGAAAGAGAAGGCCAGCAGUUGCAAAAUCCAAGUGAAAUGAGUGUAAAUCAAGGUCUGACCAUGCAGCCUAUGACUGAACUCUCGGGUCGUAGGUCAGGCUACGUGAACUUUGUACAACCGUCUGAGUUUCAGAAACAGCAGGUCCAAAAUGAGCCUAUUUCAGAAUUUGUUGAUUUUAAUCAAUAUUCCUUUGACUAUGACAGUAGUGGGAUGGACACAGCAUGUGAUCAAGAGUUCUCUCUAGAUAGUUACGUGCAGGAUGAAAGCGAAAUUUCCAUAGACCAACAAAAUCAGCAGUAUGACAACAAUAUUUCAUUUGGUCAAAAUUUUUACCAGACCUCUACCCAGCAACCACCAUUCAAUAUGGCUGUUAAUAUGACUCCAAUGGAGGACACAGCUAUGGAUUUCUCAUAGCAUUUAGGUUACUCUCUUUUACUACAUUAUUAUGUAAAACAAUAUUUUACUGAUUGAUAAAGAUCCUUUUUUAUUUAUUUACCAAGAAAGCAGAUUUUUUGUAAAAACAAAGAUAUCUUUGAUUUUUAAAAGUUUUCUGUCUUUUGUUGCACUUUUAAAUGUUUUUCAAAAUAAUUAAAUUUUGUAAAGUAUGAGAAAACAUACAUUAAAGGAAAUACCUACGUGUCAUUAAAUGCUAUCAAAUUACAUAUCAUCAGCAUUGAAAGGAUUUUUUUUUUGUCUAUUUAGAUGUAAUCUUUUACAACAUGCAGAUAAAUAAGCGAUAAAAAAUGAUAAAUCUUAAUGGCUUUAAAGCAUGAGUAUGCGAUAUUUGCGAAAAUUGGUUAUGCUGACAGUUUUCACACCGAUGAAUUUUUACACAAACAUAUACUAUUCAUGUAGCAUCUGUUACGCAUUAUUAGAUUGAAAUUUGAUGAAUUUGCUCUGCUAAUAAGUAAACUGAAUUUGCAAACUCAUUGUGUUCAUGAAUACAUUUUUAUCAACAGUCAUCUUGACAAGUUUAGAAGGAAAGGUACUGUCUCAUUUGAUAGGGUUUUAAUUUGUGAGGGGACACAGAGAAAAGGACCAUAGUGUAAAAUUGUCUGAAUUGCAUGAGAGUCUUGGUAAUUGAACUACAUUUUGAAAUUUUAAUUUAAAAAAAUGAAAGUCAAAAGUUCAGACAAUAUUAUUUCUUCUUUGAGAGGAAAUAUUUGAAGUGUUAUCAUGUAGAAAUAAAAAAAAAUGUAAAAAAAAAAAAGCAAACCAGAACGGUCUCUUUUUCAUGUGACAACUCGCAUUCUAUAGUGCUACAUGACAGUUACUCAGAUUUUGUACCUCAGUCAGAUAGUUAUUAUAAUUAGUGGAAUUCUUUAUGUUAAAAUAUUUUCAAGGCCCUUAUUCAUCAGCAUUCUUAGUUUAAAGUUUAGACCAUGUAAAAUCUUUUAUUUUUAACUAGACUAUAAAAAAAAAAAAUUAUGAGAUAUAUGUAGAGCUAUCACACUUCUCCCAGCGGCUGUGUCUUUAAUUUUUGGUACAUUUUCACUAUAUCUCUGUUUUAACAGAAAGGAUUGUUUUAACAGAAAGGAUUUGAUUGAAACUUAAAAUUGUUCAACUUUAAACACCCCAACCACAUCAUAUGACAGGACACAAGGUCCAUUACUCUGGCAACAGUAUUCCAUUGAUAAUUCUAGCUUCCUCGGAUAUACCCUUCCACACUUUUCCAGUGUUGAAGUAGUCAAGUGCUCUGCCUCUUAUGAAAGCACCUUUUUUGUGCCAUAAUCACUGAUUUUGGCAACAAACAGAGCAUUUAUAUUAGAACCUACUAUGAUGUAAAGCCAUUCACAGUUUCCAGAAGAGAAAAUGAUGGACUGCAAACAAAAUGAAAACAAUUAUUGACGCUUUGAGGUCAAAGUCUGAAAUUUAGACUUUGAAUGUUGAUGAAUACGACCCCACUUUAAAAUGUCUCUGUUUAUGUACAUAUAUAUAUUUGUGUCAAAGAUGUGUAUCAAAAAAGCAGAUGUGUCAUGCUGUAUAUUUUUCGUAACAAUAAUAUAAUAUAGCCAUAUCAUUACUUCUAGUUUAAAAGUAACAUUUGGUCUACAAACAAGUCAUUCUUUACUUUUCCAGUGGCAAAGUAGAUUCUUUUUUUUUUUUUUUUUUUUUUUUUUUUUUUUGGAAGGUAUGUUUAAUUUCACUGUAAUUGAGUUUUUUUUGUAAAAUCUUGGCCAAUGAAUUUGAAUAAUUUUGUAAAAUUGUGCAAAACACCAGUUGGCAUAACUGGAACUAUUUCAGUCUGCUAGAUGUGCAGUCUGAAAAAAAUUAGUAAAAUAAUGUGACCUGGAUGACUUGUUAUCUACUCUAAAUCUGUAGUCAAGUGUUGCUAAGUAAACUUGAAGUUUAUAUUUCUGUUGCCAAAUUUCUAGUCGAGGAGAUUUCAGAGUUCUUAUAAUUCUUUUAGUGUCGAAAUUUUUGUAUUUAUUUGUACAAUAUUACUUCUUUUGAUAUAUAUUUUGUAUAGAAUGUUUGCACUAAAGUGUAAUUUUUUUCUCUCUUUCAAACAUUGUCAUUUAUUUCUCUAUUCUUCAUGGCUUUUUGAAUUUUUCGUAUUUUCUUGAAAGGAAAACGAAAAGUGUUGUUUUCAAAAUGGGAUUAAAUUGGAAUAUAAUGGACAAAACUUGAAAAUAAUUUUCAGUCAAAUAAAAGCCUGCUUUGCUGAAUAGGGAGAGCGCAGAUAUACAGAUCGCAGGGUCGUGAGUUCUAUCCCUUGGUGAGGCGUAUAUACUCCUUGACUAUUUGAUAAAAAGACAUUGUAUCUGAAAUCAUUCAUCCUACACCUCUGAUUCAUGUUGGGAAGUUGGCAGUUACUUUGGGAGAACAGGUUUGUACUGGUACACAAUCCAGGAACACUGGUUAGGUUAACUGCCAGCCAUUGCAUAACUGAAAUACUGUUGAAAAAGCGGUAUUCAACCCAAAACAAACAAACAAUAUGUUUGCAUCAGAUCUUUACUAAAUAGCCAUUGCUUUAUCAGUUUGGCACAUUUUAAUCUAGGUCCUUAGUUAUGGUCCAAGUUUGCGUUAAUUCUUAUCUCUUUCCCCUCUCCUCUGUUGGUUCAAAACCCACUUAGGACAAUAAUUCUUCAGCCAAGCAGGCUUGCAAAUGGUUGAUGGUUUGAGCUUAAGAGAAUGCCUCUGUCUGUAAUAAUGUCUGAUGGGGCAUUUAGCAUCUUCUCCCACAAUGAAAAUUUUACAAAUCGCUGUAAGACCUAAUUUGUGUUGCUUUGACUUAAAACCUACUAAAACAAAUUAAAAAGAAUCAUAAGAUGUAGUCUUGAGUAAUAUUCAGUUUGGAAUUGAUUUUUAUUUUGAUAUGAGUUUUAUUCCAUGCUUAGAUCAUUCCUUUGGCUGCUUUUUUGCUUUCAUUUUAUUAUUUAUUUAUUAAGCUCUGAUGCUCUGUGUGUGUUUGAAAUGUAACUGAGUGUGAAUGAAUUAAGUGUUAAGAAUUUUAGGUCAGUAGAUAGAUUCUGAUGUGAUUAUUUUCAUGAAGGAAGCUUGUCUGUCAUAGUCCUUUCUGUAAAUGUUGAACACAGGACGAAUAUGCAUCAACGUUUGAUUUUUGGAACUUGGGCCUUAAAGCGGCAAAUAUUCAGUUUAUAAAAACUAGGUUUAUAGUAAAUUGAUGCUGAUAAAAUUUUGCAGAGUUGUCUGUCGCUGCAGAUUGAACAUUCAUGUCAAGUUUCAUCAGAAUCUGUAAUUAGUUACCAAUCUCAGAUUUAAUAUCUUUAUGAAUAUAGACCCUUGUCAUUAGAGUCCACAAAGUUAACUCAAUAGAUAAAACACUUUUCUUUAAAAUAGAUCUUAGGUGGAAAUCCUGGGUAAAGUUCUUUGUUAUGAUAAUAUGAAUUCUUUUUUUAUAAUAGUAUGGUUCUCUUGUAAUUCUGGAAAAAAACAAUAAAUAAUCAUUUACAUAUUUAAAUGCCAUUGGAUAUACACUUUAUAGUAAUGUCAUCAUUGUUGAGACUGUAAUAAACUACAUAUAAGAUUUAACUAAUGACAAUACAUCCUUCACCUCUGAAUCAUGUGGAGAAGCUGUCAGUUACUUGUUGAGAGCAUGUUAGUACUGGUAAGAACUCCAGAAAGAUGCAUUCAAUUUAUUCUGUUAACAAACAGUCAUACAUAUGACUGAAAUAUUGUUGCAAAAUGAUGUUACUCCCACAAAGUAUUUCUGAAUUAUGUUUUUGAUGAAUAAGGGAGCGCCAUUAGUAAGUGACCUGUACGCAACUUGAUGUUAUCUCUUCCCUCCCACUUCACUCAAAUAUGACAACAUUUUACGAUAGAUUUCUGAGUUCGUAAGAUACCAUAAAUUUUGCUAGAUCACCUACUAAGAUAUUCAAAUGUCUGUCAAGUGCUUUUUGCACUUUGUUUAUACACGCGUCCAAAAAGGUCAUCUGAACUAGGUCGUUAAAAAUACAAUGGUUACUUAACUUAAAACUUGAAAACAUCCCAGAUAAGUCACUUAUCGUGAUAUUUUCUCUUUUUUUUUUCUUCUCUUUUUCUUUCAAAUAUAUUUUUCUUAUACAUGUUACAGUCGGACCUAUAUAUAUAUAUAUAUAUAUAUAUAUAUAUAUAUAUAUAUAUAUAUAUACACACACUACAGUAGUGAGAGCCAGUAGUGGUCAUUCUUGCAAGGUAGUCAUUAUUCAAACGUGUCCUACAAAUUGUUAAGUCCUGUAGGAAAAUGAUGGUCUGUAGGGCUGAGGUGGUCACUGGUCAAUGUGUUGUCUUCAGUACAUGUUUGACUAUAUUUUGGCAAACUCUAAGGAAGAUGUCCUAGAAAUUUGCAGAAAUUCUGAGAAUGAAAAAGGUAUAGGAUAUUAGGUGUUUUUUUUGUUGUUGUUUUUUUUGGAAAUAUUCAACCCGCUAUACAGCAGAGAUACUGCUUAAAAGAAUUAUUAAUCAAUGAAUUGAAAGAAAAAGUGCAUUUUUUUCCUUAUUAGAUCAUUUAGACUUAUGAAUUACAUACAUUUUUUUUUUUUUUUGACUAGAGUAAAAUUGAAAAAAUCAACGUUGAUCAAUUUCUGUUUUUGAAUAUGACAACAUAUAUUAGAAUGACUUCACACACUCGAUAUGAAAUUUGCACGUCGGUAUUGAAAAGUAUUAAUGUUUAAGGUGAUAUUGUAACUUUGCAGAGUUUAGGAAUAGAUUAAUAAACUAUUCUUAUUUGUUUUGUCUCGGUUGGUUAUCGAUAAACUUGUAAACGGUUUCUAGGCAACAGUUUGUGUAGAUUUUGUGUAAAUGUUGAUCAGUCUUUUAGUGGAAUACAUAGUUUCAGCACAUAAGCAGUUUUGAAAAUACUUACGGUAAUUAUUAUUUCACAAAUGUUGUUCUGUUUGUUCAUGUAACAUACUAGUCCUGGUCAUUGUGAUAAAAGUAGUUUUCCUGUGUUUCAAGUACAUGCAAUUGACGUGUAGAUUUUUAGAUUAUGCACCUACACAAACACACAAUCAAGCCUCUGACAAUGAUUGUUCAGUGUCAUUUAGACGUUUGAUUUGUACACUUUUUUUUUUUGUGAUAAAAUCAUUGUUAGACAAACAUAUGCAAGUGAUGUUACAUAUCUGUUGUUAUAGUAUAUAUUCGUUAUUGUUAGUGAGAUCAUUAUAACCCUUAGCCUGUUAAAUUUCUAAAAUGAACUGGUUCAUCAUUCAAUUUGGGCAGCACCACUUAUUAUUCAAAGGGGUGUUCACUGAAAAUUUACUGACUGAAUAGCGAACAGUGCAGACCAUGAUCUUGGUCUAACUAAACUGGUUGCAAAGGCAGAAUCACUUGCUGGCAGCAGGUUGAAAGUUAAGUACGGGGAAGCCUCCGUGGCCAAGUGUUUGAGGUCGCUGACUUUAAAUCACUUGCCUCUCAUCGCUAUUGGUUGAAAACCUCACUUAAGAGUGUAGAAGUCAAGUGAAGAAGCCAUCUAGCUGGCAUGCAGCAAGUCAUUGGUUCUCUCCCGGUGCCCACGCAUGCUUGAAAUAAUGUUUGAGGCACCUGGAGUCUUCCUCCACCAUCAAACUUUAAAAUAAUCUUUUAAAGAUAAACACCUUCAACUUCUUUGUAGGAUCUUAAUGUAUAAUAAGCUGUCCAGUUUGUAUCCAUGUUUUUGCAUUGUGGUUUAGUGUUUUAGAAAUUAAAGUGCAAACAGUGUUGUAAGAAGUAAAAACUAAAAUACAUUCUGUUUAGCAUUUUAAGAAGCAGAGAAUAAAAUAUAGUCUGUUUAAAAUGGUAAGAAGUAAAAACUGAUAGGCAAUCUGUUCUGAAUUGUAAGAAGUGCAAAGCAAAAUGUACAGGCUGUAAAGUAUUGUAAGCAUUAAAACUAAAAUGCAAUCUGUUAUGAACUGUAAGAAGCAGAAUUUAAAAUACACCAUGUGCUUUAAGAAGUAGAUGUUUUUAACUGCAAACUGUUUCUAUUUAAAAGAAGCAGAAAAAAGCUAAGAUUUUUAGAAUUAAAAAUAUAUGAUAAAUUCAAUGCAGUCUGUUUAUAAUAUAAGAAGUAAAAAAAAAAAAAUGAAAAUUGUUUGCUGGGUUUGCAUAGACCUUGAAAAAGCUAGACCUUCAAAACUCAAUGAACUUUACUAAAACCUUAAUGAAAGCUGGAAAGUUACUUGCAUUUUGAAGUAGCAAGUAAAAUGCAAAAUGUUAAGAAUUGUAAGAAAUAAAAAUAAAAUGUAGACACUGUGUUGCACCAAUCAUAGUUUAAAGCUGGAGUAUAGUUACACAUUUUGGGCACAUACUGUAUUUGUAAAAGAAGAAACUCAACAUCAUGUUGGUAUUACUGAAAAUAUUCACAAUUUUAUGUAGUCCGACAUAAAUGAGUGAAUGUAUGUUUAUUUGCUGCUAAUAAUAAGCAGAAUAGAAAUUUAGUUUUCUUUUUUUUUUUGUGAAGUAAUGAAGGGAAUUCUUGGACUUAUAAUUUCUGUUCUGAGACAGGGUUUUCUUAACAGUUCUUGCUAAAAUUAAGAAGAAAUUAUACUCAGGUGAAAAGCAUAUCCAGAGAUUCUUGUUUCGCAAAUCCGAGAAAAAACACAUUUUGGAUGUUUUCUUCCACUUUUCUGCUUUUAUGUACUGCUUUGUAGGAAAAAUCAUAGUAGUCGUAUACUAACAAUUAAAUUCAAUAUAGAUAUCUUUAUGAUAUCCAGUUUUAUAGUCGGGUCCAAAGCCCACCCACUAAGUUCAAUAGGGUGAACGCAGAUCUACGGAUUGUGGGAUCUUCAGGAGUUAGAUCCUUGGGCAUGGUUCUCUAGUGAUUUGAUAAAAGACAUUAUGUCUGAAAUCAUUUUUCUUCCACGUCUGAUUCUUGUGGGGAAGUUGGCAGUUACUUGUAGAGAACAGGUUUGUACUGGUACAGAAUUCAGGUUCACUGGUUAGGUUACCUUUCUGCUGUUACAUAACUGUUACACCCAGAACAAGCAAAAUCUGAUCUGAUCCAUAGGGAUACAGCAGAGUUCUUUGACUUGUCUAAAAGCUCUUGCUUCUGGUUGUUUUAAUUAACCCUUACCCUGCUAAAUUUCUAUAAUGAACUUGUCCAUCUUUAAAUUUGGACAGUACCAUUAACUGUUAAAAGGGGUAUAUACCAAAAAGUUACUGACUGAAUGGUGAACAGUGCAGAUCAUGAUUAGACUUGCCUGAUUUGCACUGGUCGCAAAGGCAGAAUCAGUCGGGUUCAGCAUGAUAAGGGUAAUGUUUUUGAAUUGGCCAAUGUGUGUGUUAAGUCUGAACCUCAAACUCUCAAGGCUUGUUCUUCACUUCAAAAUAAAAUAGUUAGAAGACGUCUCACUUACUUUAGUUUGUCAUAUUGGGAAAAUCAUGUAAGCUGAGUUAUGAUCCAAAUGUAGAGUGCUAUUACUAGCAGACCAAUUUCCAUAUGUUCAUUGAAAACUUGUUAGAUAGUUAUCUUUAGCAUAUUUUGUCAUGCAAAAUAUAAAAAUGUUACAUUUUUACUGUUUCUUUCAUUUUCAAACAUUCAUUCUAUGGCUUGACAACAAAUAUCUUAAUAAUUGCAUUGUCAUGUGUAAGAGAGCUUUUAAUCAUGCUAAAAAUUGAGAUAUGUAGACACUCAUUUAGGUGAUAUCUUUGAAAUAGUUUAUGAAGGGGGCCACUAUUAUUUUUUUCCAAAGUAACUCUGUGUAAGACUAGUGCAAAAAUGUACUCUUAUAUACAAUUAGAACAUUUAGCUGGACUAUUCUAUACAUUUAGAACAUUUAAAUGUACUCUGAUAUACAUUUAGAACAUUUAAAUGUACUCUGAUAUAUAUUUAGAACAUUUAAAUGUUCUUUGAUAUACAUUUAGAAUAUUUAAAUGUACUCUGAUAUACUUUUAGAACAUUUAUGUGUACUCCAAUGUACAUUUAGAACAUUUUAAUGUCUGUAAUUUAAAUGAACUCUUACAUACAUUUAGAACAUUUAAAGAACAUUUAAAUGUCUGAAAUGUACAUUUAGAACAUUUAAAUAUACAUUUACAACGUUGAAAUGGACUGCAGUAUACAUUUAGAACAUUUAAAUAUACAUUUACAACGUUAAAAUGGACUGCAAUGUACAUUUAGAACAUUUAAAUAUACAUUUACAACGUUAAAAUGGACUGCAAUGUACAUUUAGAACAUUUAAAUGUUCACUUACAAUCAUUUAGGAUAAGGUAGUAAACCAAGUUGUAGAAACAAUAGUUAACAGAUUUGUAUAGUCAAAAGUAGUCUACAAAAACUGUUUUCUGUAAUAUCCCCGACAACUCAAACAUUCUAAAACAUCCUAACAAGACUUCAAGAUUCUAAAAUAAACUUAGCAUGUAGUAAUAUCUUCACAGAAAUAAAAAUUCUAAGGUAGUCUAGUAGACCCAAAUAUUCUAGAACAAUACCUAGAGUCAAGCACAUUCUGAAAUAUCUCCUCAAACACAAAUGUUCUAUAGAACUGGUAAUAUUCACCUAACAAACUCGGUGACUUUAAAAUUCCAAACAAAACUCAAAUAUUCUAUUAUAUCUUCUCAAUACUUUAAGAUUUUUAAGUAGUUUCAUAAGAUUUAUUAAAUUUAGGUAUUCAAAAAAUAUCUUCACAGACUGAGAUUCUGAUGAAGUGUCAGCAAUCUCAAAAUAUUCUAGAUUUUUGUCCCGGAAGUUGAUUUUCUAAAAUUAAAUACAUGUAUUCUAAAAUAGUUAAAAAUACCUUCACAGAUUCCUAAAUGUUCUCACACUCUGACAUUUUAAAUAGUUUUCCCAUAUCUUAAAUAUUCUGUAAUAUGACCACAGACUCAAAUAUUCUAAAAUUUCCUCCCAGGUAUUGAGAUCCUUAAAUAAUCUCACAAUCUCAAAUAUUGUAUUACCAUAUUAACCUCAAACUAGGAUAUUCUAGCAUAUCUACACAGACUUUGAGAUUCUAGAAUAGUGUGACAGUCUCAUAUUCUAGAAUAUUCUAGCAUAUCUACACAGACUUUGAGAUUCUAGAAUAGUGUGACAGUCUCAUAUUCUAGAAUAUUCUAGCAUAUCUACACAGACUUUGAGAUUCUAGAAUAGUGCGACAGUCUCAUAUUCUAGAAAAUCUUUACUAGUCAAACAGAUUUUUCUUUUUUGAAGUGGUCAUGGUCAGGUUGCUUUUAAUGUUUGUUGAAAUUAGUUCUAUAUUUAAAUAUGAAUAUAUUACUGCUAGGCUAUUUAACAUUGGUCUGUAAGAUUUUGCAGAAUAUUUGGACAAAUACCCAUUUGAAGAAACAUAUAGGAGGAGCUGAUAGGCGAGACAGAUAUGUUUUUCAGAUAAGUACGAGUCCAGAUAACCAUGUAUUAUACAGGACAGUGUUGAAUAAUCUUUAUUCUAUGCAGAUUUUUCUCACUUGAAGGGAAACAGUCAGAUUGACAUAAUUCCAUGUUUAGACAAAAACAUUUAUUGAUGUUGAUAUUUGUGCAGAUUUGUCGACAGAUUUAAGCUGUUUACUUAACGAGAUUCAAAUCAUUUACGGUCACAUGGUACAAAUGCGACUUUCUGAUUGGAGGGAGAAAAAUAGGUAUAGAGUAAAAUAAUAUAAUGUAUAUUUCACACUAUUUACUGGUAGAUGUAGGUUUAGUUUUGUUAAAUGUUGUAAAGUCAGUCGGUAGGUGCAAAUGUGAAAAGAUAAUAAUUGUAAAGUUGCAUUUUUUUCUGAUUGUUAAAUACUAUAGUGUAAUAACUAUACUGAUGCAUUUGUUAUUAUGUUAUGACAUUUAAUGUUAUUAAGAUAAAAGUGCUACAGAAAUAUAUUGUUGACAAACA